UCGUAAGUAUUUCUGCAGCCUGGUGUCGGCUUCAUAUACACCGCAGCCCCCGCCCCGUGCUUCCCCCAGCAGUCUACCCAUUUGCGGCGUAUAAAUCUCUCUCUCCCGGCGCUUCGAGGAGUGUCAAUCGGUGCGGUGUCAAUCACGACGGCGGCGGCUUGUCUUUCAUCUGCGCCCUCGCAGCUACGGCAGGACGGAGCAUCGUGGAGGAGAAGGAGAAAAAAAAAUAAGAGGAGGAGGGGAAGGAGGGGGAAGGAGAACUACAUUACAAACACACUCGCAGAGACGCCACAUUACUCGCGGAGCGGAGCCCCAGCCUGGACCCGCUUUACGACGCGUCGGAAACGCAAUCUUCAAGUUUUCUUUUCGUUCCCGUCUGGUCUUAACACUUUUCAGAUUAUAUAAAGUUUUUUUUCUCUCCCCCCCAAGAUCAAGGAUGUAUUUUAAAUUGAAGAACAGAAACAGAUGCUCGGCACGCCGCAAAUAAGCGGACUAAAAGAUUUACUUAAUGUGAAUUUACGAGUUAACACGCGUUGGGCAGGUCGCAAUUAAAUCUUUCCUGUUUAUUUUUCUCCACCGGGAAGACGUUACGCAGUGUGGACACUAAACGGGGAAAUAUAUGAAGAUUCACUCACUUGUAUAUGCCUUUUUUGUUUAUUUAUUUUCCACGAAGUUCUUACCGGGAGAAAAGCAGCGUGGUUUCCUUUUAAUUUCUGGCUAUUUGAGCAGUUGUGAUGUGGUUAACUUUUGAUAUUUGAGAAACAACCUGAAGAAUGAGCGUGAACUAAAGUGCCAGAAAGAUAACAUCAUCAGAUGUGUUGGGCUUCGUGUGUUUUUGAGCAGUACCGAGAAUCCAUAAUAUUUUUUAUAAAGCCAAAACAUACAGGUAUCCUGUUGCUGUAGUCAAAACAGGCAGCCGGGGGAGUUCGUGCUGCCGGGGGCUGACUCACGCUACAAGAUCCCGGCUUGGGUUCGGGACAUCGAGACGCUUUAAUCCCGCUCUCCCCCCGCGAAGGGUGCCUUACCGGGCGCACUGACUUCAUCUGCGCCGAGAUGCCACAGCUGGCUGGCGGCGGAGAUCCCGAGCUUUGCGCCACGGACGAGAUGAUCCCCUUCAAGGACGAGGGAGACCCGCAGAAAGAGCAGAUCUUCGCCGAAAUAAGUCACUCGGAGGAGGAGGGCGACCUAGCGGAUAUCAAGUCCUCGUUAGUAAACGAGUCCGAGACCAGCCCGAACAGCAACAGUCACGAUGCGUCCCGGCAGUCCCAGAUGCCCCCGGGCGCGUACCAUGAAAAACAUAGGGAGCACCCUGACGACGGGAAGCACCAGCAUGACCUCUACGGCAAAGGCCACCCCUACUCAGGCUACCCGGGCUACGUCAUGAUGUCCAACGUGAGUGGUGACUCCUUCAUGAGCAACGGUUCGCUGUCUCCGCCCAUGGCCCGGACGUGCCAGUGUCGUGUCGUUCGCCCCCCCUCCUCCAGUGCCAGUGUCGUGUCGUUCGCCCCCCUCCUCCAGUGCCAGUGUCGUGUCGUUCGCCCCCCUCCUCCAGUGCCAGUGCUGUUUCGUUCGCCCCCUUUCUACCAGUGCUGUUCGCUCCUUAUCUCAGUCCAACAAGGUGCCGGGGUGGUGCAGCCAUCCCACGCCGUCCACCCACUGACACCCCCUCAUCACGUACAGCGACGAGCACUUCGCUCCCGGGGCCGCACCUCGGGCCACCACCCCCAGGACGUCAACUCCAAACAAGGCAUGCCAAGGCAUCAUCCAGGGCCUGACAUCCCCAACUUCUACCCCUUGUCCCCGGGUGCAGUUGGCCAGAUCACGCCUCCACUUGGAUGGUUUUCCCAUCACAUGGUUCCAGGCCCCCCCGGGCCCCACGCCACCGGCAUCCCCCACCCUGCCAUUGUGAACCCCCAGGUGAAGCAUGAACCACAGCACGACGGUGAACUAAUGCACAUGAAACCUCAGCAUGAACAGAGAAAAGAGCAAGAGCCAAAGAGACCCCACAUCAAGAAGCCACUGAACGCUUUCAUGUUGUACAUGAAGGAGAUGCGGGCCAACGUGGUGGCCGAGUGCACGCUGAAGGAGAGCGCCGCAAUCAACCAGAUCCUGGGCCGGCGGUGGCACGCUUUAUCUCGGGAAGAGCAGGCUAAGUAUUAUGAAUUAGCCCGCAAGGAGCGACAGCUACAUAUGCAGCUCUACCCCGGUUGGUCCGCCAGGGACAAUUAUGGUAAGAAGAAGAAGCGAAAGAGGGAAAAACUCCAGGAAUCGACGUCAGGUACAGGCCAGAGAAUGAAAACAGCUUACAUCUGACCAAUGGAGGAAAGCGAAAUGCGUUCUCCACGUGCAAAGCGAAGGCCACAGCUCUUGGUCCCCAUUUAGAGAUGGAAGCCUGUUAGUUCCGAACCCCCCCCCCCCCCCCCC